UUAUUUAUUAUUACUUGAAAUUUUGGAUCUUUAAAAGGCCCACUUUCGGUAUUCUGUUCAUAGUAGUGAGCAAGUAGCCAUGGAUAAGCAUAAUACAAUGGCUAUCUUCUACAGUUUAGCUCUUUGCUUGUUAGUAAGCUUUUUUCUGCUCGCUCACUGUGCUCCUCAGUCUUCUCUUAUUACUCAAAUCCCCGGUUUCAAUGGCACCCUUCCUUCUAAACACUAUUCUGGGUAUGUGACCAUUGAUGAAAGCCAUGGCAAGAAAUUGUUUUAUUACUUUGUUGAAUCUGAAGGAAACCCAUCAAAGGAUCCUGUUGUUCUUUGGCUCAAUGGUGGACCUGGAUGCUCUAGCUUUGAUGGAUUUGUAUAUGAGCAUGGUCCUUUCAAUUUUGAAGCUGCGAAAGCACAUGGAGAUCUGCCCACAUUGCAUCUUAAUCCAUACAGCUGGUCCAAGGUUUCCAACAUUUUAUAUUUAGAUUCCCCUGCUGGUGUUGGUCUCUCUUAUUCUAAGAAUAAAAGCGAUUACAUAACUGGUGACGUAAAGACCUCCUUGGAUUCACAUACUUUUUUGCUCAAGUGGUUUGAGAUAUACCCAGAGUUCCUUCCCAAUCCAUUUUUUAUUUCUGGGGAGUCAUAUGCUGGAGUUUAUGUGCCAACUCUUUCUUAUGAAGUAGUGAAAGGAAUGGAUGCUGGUGUAAAGCCCACCUUAAAUUUCAAGGGGUAUCUGGUAGGAAAUGGAGUUACAGAUGAGAUGUAUGAUGGAAAUGCUCUUGUUCCAUUCGCGCAUGGGAUGGGACUGAUCUCCGAUGAGCUGUUUGAGGCAGUAAAUAGUGAAUGCAAGGGAAAUUUUUACAAUCCACUGAGUGAUGCUUGUGACAGCAAGCUUGCGAAGGUUGAUGAGGACAUUGAAGGUUUAAAUAUAUAUGAUAUUCUAGAACCAUGCUAUUAUGAUGAUGACCCAAAGGAGGUUACAGAUAUUAAAAUCAGGUUACCUCCUAGCUUCCGGCAAUUAGGUGAGACAGAUAGACCUCUUCCUGUGAGAAAAAGGAUGUUUGGUCGUGCCUGGCCUCUUAGAGCUCCUGUAAGAGAGGGAAUUGUUCCAACUUGGCCACAGCUCCUCAAUAGCGAAAGUGUUCCAUGCACUGAUGAUGAAGUUGCUACCUCAUGGCUGAACAAUGCAGAAGUAAGGAAAGCAAUCCAUGCUGAUGAUGAAAGUGCACUUGGUGCUUGGGAAUUGUGUACUGAUAAAAUCACCUUUUAUCAUGAUGCUGGGAGCAUGAUGAAAUUCCACAGGAACCUAACUUUGAGAGGGUAUCGAGCACUCAUAUUCAGUGGGGAUCAUGAUAUGUGCGUGCCGUACACUGGUAGUGAAGCAUGGACAAGAUCAAUGGGAUAUAAAAUAGUGGAUGAAUGGAGGCCAUGGACUUCCAAAGGACAAGUUGCUGGGUAUACACAAGGGUAUGAGAACAACCUCACCUUUUUAACCAUAAAGGGGGCUGGACAUACUGUCCCAGAGUACAAACCACAAGAGGCAUUGGAUUUUUACAGCCGUUUUCUUGCUGGGAAAUCAAUAUAAGAGAAAUAUCUGACAUGUACAACCAUUUACGUGACUGAACAUAUUUCUUUUUCUUUUUCCUCUUCAAUAUUUAUGGAGUGAAGAGUUAUCACUAAAGACUUGACUAUGUAUUGAUGUCUCCUGAAAUAAAAACUGGAUUAAAUGUAGUAGACAAAAUAAAAGUAGGUUAUCGAGUGACCAGCCCUUAGCUUCAUAAAGAUUUAAGUUGUUUAAGUUAAUGAAAUUCAUUUGAAAAUUCUAUA